AUGGAGGAUCCGAACCCGUCUUCAUCAUUUUCGGAUCAUUAUCUGGUGAGUGGUAAUAAUUCACUCACAGGUUUGGAGGAUUACACUGUUGAUGGCCAAAAUGGGUCAUUAGGGUUCAUGGAGUUGCUAGGGGUUCCAGAUUAUGGCCCUUCAGUUCUUGAUAUGUUACAAGUACUCCCAAAUCAGAAUCAGAACUCUAUGGUUGAUCAAGAAUCAUCAGAGGUGUUGAAUACACCUGCAACACCGAAUUUUUCCUCUAUUUCUUCAGAAUCUAGUGGUGGUGAUGGACAAAAUGAUGAACAGACUAAAGAAGUUGUAGACGAGGAAGAUGAUGAAGAGGGAGAACAGAAGCAGAAGACUCAGAAACAGUUGAAACCCGUUAAAACGAGCCAGAAGAGGCAGAGAGAGCCAAGAUAUGCUUUCAUGACAAAGAGCGAAGUCGAUCAUCUGGAAGAUGGCUACAGAUGGAGAAAGUACGGCCAAAAAGCUGUAAAAAACAGUCCUUUCCCUAGGAGCUAUUAUAGGUGCACUACUGCUUCAUGUAGUGUGAAGAAAAGAAUAGAGCGAUCUUUGAGUGAUCCAACCAUAGUUAUGACUACAUAUGAAGGCCAACACACUCAUCCAAGUCCGCUAAUGUCUCGAGCAAACACUGUUGCUGCACUGACACCGUGCUCGGGAUUCUCCACCGGCGCAUCUACCGCCACAUCUAUACCGUCGCCGCUGCAAAUGAGUUUAUCAGCCGCUGGAGCUGAUCAAGUCUAUUGCAACUAUUCUACACCACUGAAUUUUGGUUUUAUGGGUUCUACGAAUAUUAACCGUGCUGCAAUUGCGCACCAGAAGCGCUUUUGCACCCCACCUUCUGCCUUUAUAACAGAUUAUGGGCUUCUUCAAGAUAUUGUGCCCUCAACUGUGAGAAAGGAAGAGUAA